AUGUCACUGCUCCUUACCGCCUGUCUCUUCUGUUUGUUCAGACACGAUCACUUCAUCUCGUCCAGCCUGUCGUCCUCCCCCUCCCUGUUUGAUGGCGCCGUCAUCAGCACCGUCACCACGGCCACAAAGAAACAUUUCAGCACGUUGCUAAAUCUCCUGGGAGGUCUGCUAGCCAAGGAGCACCUCCCCCCCGAGGCCAGGAGGCUGCUGCUGACCUGGGCUCAGGAGAUCUCUGUGCUGAUGAAGACGUCUGACAACUACAGCCCCCUCUUCUCCCUGCCCUCCUUCAACAAGUUCUGCAGAGGCCUGCUGGCUAACGGUCUCAAUGAAGACCAGAGUAUCUGCCUCCAGACCUGCCACAGUCUGCAGGUCCUCUCCUCCUCUCUGUCCACGGAGCUGCUGCAGAGGUGUGUGGAUGUGUGCAGAGUGCAGUUGGUGCACUCUGCAGUGAGGGUGAGGCAGGCCUACGGCAAGCUGCUCAGGACAAUCCCCCUCCAUGUGGCUUUAAG